UUGUGUACUUUGGAUCGCGGAAGUGCUGGUUUUUGUUCCAGAAACUGUCAACUUGUCGGUCGUUCAUCCUGUCAGAAGAAUAUCUCGCUACUGUUACAGUCGAUGUGUAUAAAGUUAAUCAGUUUCGGUUGUCGGUUGCGGUUUGUUUGACACAUGACCGAACUGUUUUCUGAAUGCUAUAUAUAACAUGUACCACGUUAGCUUGGUCUCAAGUUUAAAACCCUCCCGUAUUUUGACCUACCGGGUAGUGGUUGUCUAGCUAGCUAACUAACUUAAAUUGACGUUUAAUAUAAAGUGCUAACUGAUGUAAGCUUGUUAGUAUUCGUAAUUACACCAAAACAUUUUGCGUUUGUGUGAAAUGUCAUUAUUGUUUGUCUUUUUCUCUCGAGCCUUUGGCUCUUGACAACAUGGCUGUCUCAAAAUAUAUUGACUUGCCUACCAAGACAGCCUAAGUAGGAAACUUCCUUGGUUUGAUGCACUGCAAACGUUGUCACGUUACAGAGAAAACACUAAUUACAAACUACUUUGAUCGAGUUAAGAGUAUUGACUAAUUAACACAGUGCUGUCUAGGUAGGCAAUUACUGGUUUUGAUACACUGCCAAGGUUGUCAAGACAGAAAAAAAACAACUAAUACGAACUAUUUUGAUCGAGUUUUGAUAGGCUGCUCACUAGGUUUGGAGGCACAGCCAAUGUGUUACAUUAAUUUGUUUUUCAGAUACAGUCCUGUCAAGGUAAAUAUGUCUCAUAAUGAUGAAGGAUAUGUGGUACGGAUCCGUGGCUUGCCUUGGUCAUGCACACAAGAGGAAGUGGCCUCCUUUUUCUCUGAUUGUGACAUUGUAGGGAAAGUGAACGGGGUGUGUUUUACCUUCUCCAAAGAGGGAAGGCCGAGUGGAGAGGCGUUUGUGGAGCUGAAGACAUCAGAGGACUUUAAAAAGGCUUUGGCAAAAGAUCGUAAAUAUAUGGGUCAUCGUUACAUCGAAGUGUUCAAGUCAAACCGUAGUGAGAUGGAUUGGGUGCUGAAACGCUCCGGUCCCACAGACUAUGACAGCAGCAGCGGUUGCAUGUUGCGUCUAAGAGGACUGCCAUUCGGCUGCAGUAAAGAAGAAAUUUUACAGUUCUUUUCAGGGUUGAAAAUCGUGCCAAAUGGGAUAACAUUGCCGAUGGACUACCAGGGGAGGAGCACAGGGGAAGCCUUCGUGCAGUUUGCCUCAAAGGAGAUAGCAGAAAAGGCUCUGGGGAAACACAAGGAAAGAAUAGGGCACAGGUACAUAGAGAUAUUCAAAAGCAGCCGAAAUGAAAUGCGUGCAUACUACGAAGUACCCCGGAGGAUGAUGGGACAGAGGCCUAGUCCAUAUGACAGACCCAUGAUGGGACGAGGGAGCUUCUUUGGGCCCGGGCCUGGAAGGGGAGGUGCUGUCCUGGACCAGAUGCGCAGCGGGGGCGGUUAUAGCAGCGGAUAUGGUGGGUUUGACAACUACAAUGGCUUUAACGACUACUGCUUUGGUAACGGCAUGUUUGAAGAGCGCGUGCGUGAUGAUAGAGGAAGAGGAAGAAUGGGAGGUGAUGGCUACAGCAGUGACUCAAACUCAGGCUUUCACAGCGGCCAUUUUGUGCACAUGAGAGGCCUACCGUUCCGCGCUACAGAGGCGGAUAUCGCACAUUUCUUUGCCCCUUUAAUUCCUGUGAGGGUGCACAUUGAUGUAGGACCUAAUGGAAAGUCUACAGGAGAGGCAGACGUUGAGUUCGGAUCUCAUGAAGAUGCUGUAUCGGCCAUGUCAAAAGACAAGAAUCAUAUGCAGCAUCGUUACAUUGAGCUUUUCCUGAAUUCAACUUCAAGUGGGCCGUCUGAAACGGGCCGCGGAGGAGGUUUCUAUAGCAACUCUGGUGGUAUGGGCUCUCGAGGAAGUGGACUAAGGGGCAUGUAUUGAGGAUGCUUACAAACCAUGCACUUUUCAACCCAAAGUUGGAACUUCCAGCUUGGAAGGUCUUUUUAUAUGAAUAUGUUUUCACAUGUUCCUAUGAAAUAUGCCCAAACUAUUUUCCAGGCUUGAAGAAAAUGAAAUCGAAAUCCAUCUAUAUAUCUAAUAUAUAUAUAUAUAUAUAUAUAUAUAUAUAUUUGAGCUGUUGCAUAUAGAUUGACCGGCUACUGUACAUUUUGCUUAAUGAAUUUUAUAUGACAUUCUGUGUUAAAGUCUCACUAAAGAUAUGUGCUUUAUAUGUAUUUUGACUCAGAAUUGAGUAUGAAUAGCUUGAAGCCCAAGUUGCGUGUGUGAGAUUGCACUUUUAUUUUCUUUCCCAAAGCAAUAACAUCAUUUUGGAUGUUUACCUGUUUUUGCUGCUCAGUAAAAUUUCUAAUUGAAACCUGUGAAAUUUACACAUCCAUGGAAUAAAACCUUUUAUUGAUAUAUUUUA